AUGGAAUACAUACACAAAACUGGGAUUUCCCACAAGUCCAAGAUGUACAAGUACAUUGUCACCCUCAUCAGUGUCUCUCGCCUUGAAACAAUUCGUAGUAAGGUCGCAAACCUUGAGAAAUUUGGGUUUAGCGAGGAAGAGGUUUUUAGGCUUUUGGGCUGUUCUCCUCUAUUGUUGACACUAUCAGUGGACAAAGUUCAGAGAAACAUGACAUUCAUUCUAGGCACAAUGAAGAUUCCAGCUGGAGUUGUCCUUGAUCAUCCAAACUUGUUGUAUUGUAACCUAGAAGCUGUUUUGAAACCGCGGUUUCUUCUUGCAGAGAAGAUGAAGGACAUGGCUUUGGAAUUGCAUAUUAAAGGAUCCAACAUGUCGAGGGCAUUAAGAAUGACAGAGAAGAGAUUUCUCAAGGCAUUUGUGAAUUGUCAGCCCAAGGAUGUUGCUGAUGAGUUAAUUUAG